AUGGAUGCUCUGAUCGCUAUAACAAAUUUAUAUCUAAACCAAUCUGAUCACGUCUCUCUAACAUCAAAUUCAAACCAAGAUCAAUGCCAAUCAACUUCUAAUGAUCAUUCUACUUCUUCUUCCGCUUCAAACAAAACGGUGAUAGGACAGUCAGAAGUAAUAAUCAAGAUAGAGAAAGAUCGAAGUCAGCUUAAAUCGCAUGAAACUGUAGUUGCGAAUAAAACAAUUCUAAAUAGUUAUAAAUCACAUGGUUUAGAUUUUUUAGUCUGGUUCACACCUUAUCGUCAACUUUUGAUUUUUAUUGUGACUGUGAAUGCCUCAAUAGUACUUUCAAUCCUAUGUGGUCCACUUGGUGGUACAAGUAGGGAUUUUUCUUUGGAGGUUACCCUUAAUAUCUUUGUUGCUAUUGCAAUUCGAAACGAAUGGGUGAUUAGAUUCAUUUAUUGGGUUUCUAUUAAAUUAUUUAGCAGUUCAAGGGUCCCGAUUAUAGUUAGAAAACAUAUCGUUGGGCUUUUAUAUCAUAUUGGUGGACUUCAUAGUGGUUGCGGUAUAUCUUCUUUGUUUUGGUUUGUCGGAUGGUUAGGAAUCAUCUGUACUUUACUUUUUGUAAUCUUGGGGCAUUUGUUAUCAAAGACGAAUCCAAUUCAAAAUAUGAUGGACGUGAUACUUGAUGUACAAUUUUGGUUGAUGAUUAUGAUUCUCUUUUGCAUACUUUCUUCUUGGGUUACAACUCGACGUGUUGAUGUCGAAUGUUUUGCGUCAUCUAAGAAAGCUACUGUGAUCAAAGUUCCAGGUGGAUUGACAUCAGGUCUUCACACCCGAAUCUCACGUGGCGGUCUGAAAGAAUGGCACAUCUUUGGAUCGAUAAGUGAAGGCAAGCAUUCAAAUUGUCAUUACAUUGUAGCAGCUGUUCAGGGUGAUUUCACUGGGAAUCUGAACUCAGAUCAACCUACCAGACUUUACACAAAACUAUACAAGCCUGCUGGAUUACCAUACUUUUCUAGAAUGUUUAAAAGAGGAGUAGCCAUUUGUACAGGAUCAGGUAUUGGAGCAGUAGCUUCAACUUGUAUCCAACAUUCAGAUUGGUUUUUGAUUUGGAUUGGACCUGAUCUACAAAACACUUAUGGAUCUGAAUUGAUGAAUCUAAUAGAAGAUAAGAUUCCCAAAGACAGAAGAUUAAUUUGGGAUACUCGUGGUCCUUUAGGUAGACCUGACGUCUUUUUGCUUUUAUCUAACACUUAUAAAGAUUGGAACGCCGAAGUGGUGCUCUUUAUUGGUAGUCCUGCUUUGAACAAGAGUAUACUUAGAUCAUCAAGAGAACACAAAAUUCCGUUAUUCGGAUCUAUUUGGGAUGCAUGA